AUGGCUAUAAAAUUUUGGGGAAGUGGUUCCGUAUUUGGAAUCCCGCCACGAGGAGAGUAUCAGAAAAACUAUGGUGCAGAGGCUUCAAAAAUAUUGGUAACCGUUCUCACUUUGGGGAAUAAUGUUUGGAGAAAAAUUCAAAAUUCUCCGGCAGAACAUGAGUACUCCAUGAAUAUUGUGAAUACGAGGGGUACUGUUAAUUGGUUAGCAAUUCCCAAAAGCAAUGCUAAGUAUGAUUGCAAGAAAAUUACUAUUGAGCAAUUUGCAAUUAUUUCACCUUAUUUGGGCAUGGAGACACAUACUCAGCUGCGGCCUCCUCAGGGUUUCUAUGAUGUUCCAUUUGUUGAACCAGAUCUAAGUGUCUUAACGGACUGUCUUUGUUUUUCUCAUGAUUUCAAAAAAACUUGUUUUAUAAUAUGGCAAAUGAAAGAAUUUGGAGUUGAAGAGUCUUGGUAG